UGUGUGGAGCUGCGGUGUUUCCAGGGCUUUUCUUCAGCUUCAGGAAGACCUUAAGACACACCAGGACGGAGUGGGGCGAAGCCGACGUCACCGUUGUCAGCGAGAGGUCAGCCUCCUCACGAAGAGCAAGCUACACUUUCAUGUUACAGGGAGCUGCUGCUAAUGCUACUGAUUUCUGCUGUCCAUGGGUCGUUGGCCACUGCAGUUGGAGUCACAGUUGUUUCAUCUUGCAGGGAUGUGAUGACUGACAGGCACUGGCUGGUGAACAGUUUUGUCCUGUUUGGAGUUCCUUACAUGGUGUUUGACAUCUACACCAUGUAUCUGAGCCACUUUCACACUGAGAGGAGUAGAACUGGGUCCGAAUCUCCCAGUGGACACUCGCUGCAGACGGUCAGAGCUUUCCUUCGCAAGGACUGGAUGCUGGUUCUCCAUCACAUGGCCCUGGUUUUUAUUUUCACACCAAUCACACUGUUUUUCAGGAGAGGUUUGGGGGAUUUCUUUAUUGGCUGCAUGCUCAUCACAGAGCUCAGCACUCCCUUCGUCUCCAUAGGGAAGAUCCUCAUUCAGCUGCGCCUCGAAGGCACCAAGCUGCAUGCAAUCAACGGCCUCAUUGUGCUACUGACCUUCUUCACGUGUCGCAUCCUCCUCUUCCCCUUCAUGUACUGGAUGUACGGCCGGCAGUUCGGCAUUCCUCUGCACCGAGUGGCCUUCCACCUGCCUCUGCACUGCAAUGUGGGGAACCUGGUGCUGCUGGCUCCACAGAUCUACUGGUUCACCCUGCUGCUGAGGAAAGCACAGCGACUCUACCUGAGGCAGAGGAGGCGGCAGGUAGACGAAGAUGUGUCGAAGAAAGACUGAGGAACUCGUCUUGCUGUAUAUAUCACUGUUAAAUGAACAGUAUCUGUUCAUUUAAGACACGGGGACCAGAAGUCAUGGCUUCUGUGCCUGGUUUUACUAAAGAUUUAUUUGUACUGAAACAAAUAAAUCUCAUUUACAACAAAGUAUUAAGGCCAGUUUAAGAAAAAACUAAAAAUAACAAGAACAAAGUCAAAAUCAUAAGAAUAAAGUCAUAUUCUGAAAAUAAAGUUGUAACGUUACCUGAAUAAAGUUGUAGUAAGCACAUAAGCAUCGGAUUAUUAAUCAGUCUAAACAUUUUAUUUGUUUAACUGUAAAACCAGUAUCAAAAUAUAAUUCACAAGAUGCUUAAAAUUCUCAUUUAACUGCUUUCAAAAGUUAAAGUUCUCAUAAUAGACGACCUUUAUUCUGGUAACAUGACGAUAUAAUUUAUUUUUCUUAGUCUGGCCCUAAUAUUCCAUCAUAAUCUGUCAUCGGCAUCAGGGCAAUGGAAAACCAUUUACAUUAUGGUAACAUAAUUACAAUAUACAUUACAAGAUUAUUUGAUCAUGUUGAUCAAAUAAAUGUGUUCAAUAAG